UUUCAUUACCUAUCUGACGCUAGCGUCUAGUCGAUCACGUGACCUCUUUUUGAACGCUAGCGUCAAAAGAAAAAAGCUGGAUUUGUUCAGCUUCAAGCGUCAAGCAGUGCCUCAAAAAUGUCUGUGGAAAACGAAUUUGAAAUGGUUCAAACAUGUGGGCUUUGCGAAAUGGUCAUUCCCAUUGAAAAUAUUAAUACUCAUCCUUGCUUAGAAGGAUAUUCUAAGUAUUAUGUUAAUAAUUCAACAUUAUACUUUUAUCCAAUGACAGAUGACGGACGAAACAUAAUAAGAAAAAGUUUAAUUGAGAAUGAUGAAAUAGUAGUAAUAGAGGCAAAAGAAAAUAAUAAAAAAAAUUUAUAUAAUAAUUCUAAUAAGGAAAAUUUGUCAAAUAAUAUUCAACAUUUAAAAAGGAAGCUCCCAAUGACAACUAAUAUUCCAGAAUCAAAAAGAAAAUUCAAAACAGGUUUGUCAUUCGACGAAGAAGAGCUGUUGAUUCUGGAAGUACAAAAACGAGAAGAUGGAAUUUUCAAUUAGAUAUUAGACAAAGAAAUCCGAAAGAAAGAAAUAAAUUGUGGCAGGAAGUUUCUGAGGCAUUAAAUGGUGUAAUUAGCCCAGAAACAGCUAAAAAUAAAUUUAAAUCUUUACAUGAUACUUAUCGUAAAAUUAUUCAAUCUGAACAAAAGGCAAGUGGAUCUGCAACACCAAAUACUACUCGCUUGUGGCAACAUUAUAAUAAUAUGGAAUUUUUGCGUGACUCUUGUUUGGUCAAAACGUAAGUUUUGCUUUCGUAUUUAUUAAAGUGCAAAUGUAAAACAAAUUUUUAAAAUUUUCUA